CUCAGUUUUAUACUGCCGCCUUUGUCCAUUUUCCUAGAAUAAACAAAACUGCCCAUGGCCUCCCACUUAAAUUCGCCAAGUUCCCCUUACACUUCCAAUUCCUGCUGUUCCUUUCAUAUCCACUCUUCAUCGACACACUCAUACUACUCAUUGGAAACCCUGGGCACCACUCCCGUUUCACCACACUAUCCGGACACAUUGUCUGAACCAUCAAACCCACUCCUGGCCUUGAAAGAAUCACGGCUUCACUAUCACUCAUCGCCAGCCAUGGAUGCUUCCAAACUUCUGCAAUUGCAAACUGCUGCGGCUCAUUCUCACUCUAUUCCCAAACCACUUCAGCAGAGUGCAUCCUCAAGCAAAUCCAACGACAGCGCCUCUUCUAAAACUGCCACUCCGUCGCCACCAGUCCUCUGCUGCUCCCGAUGCCGCCGUACCUCGACUGGAUCCAGUGGCAUGGUCUCGUUCGGCACGAACUUGUUCUACUGCUCACACUGCGCCAGCAUGGUUGGCUACAACCACACUGGCUGAAUGGAAUUUGGACACUAACAUUUCCGGUCCUCAAAAUUAUAAAAGUUUGGCAACUUUCGUACAACUCGCCAGGCGCCGAGCAUUCUUUCGACAUAUCGAUUGCAUUUCGAGGGUGACACGACGCCCUCCUCCGUGGAACCCACCAGAUGCGCCACUUUGUCUUCACGAAUCUUUCAAGUUAGUUUUAUUCGCUGAAUAUUCCGACGAAGCACUGCUAGAAUUUCUCCUUUGGAAAAAUGAUGCAGACAGCGCUCAGCGACGGAAAAGCUAGUAGUGGUGUGUGAGUAAUUGGGCGCCACCGCAUCAGAUCCCAGUCUGCAAGCCUGUCCAACAAAGUAUCGGUAUCAGGUAAUUUCUCUUUGUGUGUAGCAAAGAGGGCCUGUGGCUUUAAAUGAUUGGAACGAUUCAGAAAGAAGAAGGCUCGAAUGACGAUAAUGA